UCGUGAUACUGAUUGAUUCUUGCUACUCGCUCCUUGCCUUGGUGAAUUGACGAGGCUUAGAACGUUGACAGUUUUGCGUCGACAAAUAGUGCUUGACGACAACACCUCAAUAGCUAGCUCUUCACUCACCUGUACCAAAGCUCGCAUCAUGCCUACACCAUGAGCGCGCCAACUAAAAGAGCUCCAGCGAAUGUUCUCUCACGCAAGAUCUUACAAGAACGAGCCAUCGCAGGCCUCCAAGCUUCAUGGAACCCACAAGCGCGCCUACAGCUAUGGUUUCGUGCAUUUGAACGAAUCCGUCGAGAAGCUGAAACUGUACACGCAGAGGGCGAUGUACAACAAGCGUAUAUGCUUCUUUUACGCUGUGUUGAGCUCGUUGUGACGUACAUGCCAACACAUCCUCAGGCUCGAGAGCCAGAGCAUCGACGACAACUCGUACAGCUCAAUGCCACGGUUGAACGUAUGUUGCAAACGCUGGCAGAGCUUAAACGCAAAGUGGACGAUGCGUACGCUGUGCAGGAAGCGCAAGCGAAAAAGGAUGCAGCCGAUAAAGCUCAAGCUAUGCAGAAGCUUGCACUUGCCAAGAGGCAACGCGAGCUUGAGCAAAGAGCGCAGGAGCAAUCGAGGCGAUCUAGUGGAAGUAAUGGCAAUCGUACGGAUAUUAUGCAGAGACUGGCAGCCUUGCGUGAAGCGCACCAUCUUGGCGAGGAGCACGUCCAGGCAGUGCCUCUCACACCUAUCGUCAGUUCGACAGCCGCACUCAAUGAACCAGAUGUUCCGUCAAGUAUCUCUCCUGGACAUCCAGCCCAGCUAAUUACAAAGACUUCGAACACAUAUAACUUCUCUGCUUCUGCUCAACUCGAGAACGGGACAGAGCUGCGAACAGUUUUUGUGCCUGGAACACUACGUGACAAGUUCCUGUCGAUUGCAGCUUCCAAUACGAGUCGCAAUCUAGAAACUUGCGGCAUUCUCUCUGGCAUAGUCAAGGCGAAUGCUUACUUCGUGACCCAUCUCAUCAUUCCCGCCCAAGAGAGCACAAGUGAUACAUGCCAUACGACAGAUGAAGUCUCUCUUUUCACCUAUCAGGACGAGCAUGAUCUAUUCACUCUAGGCUGGAUACAUACGCAUCCAACGCAGACCUGCUUCAUGAGCAGUGUCGACAUCCAUACGCACAUGUCGUAUCAGGUGAUGCUGCCCGAAGCCAUUGCUAUCGUGCUGAGCCCUUCAAAGCAGCCAGACUGGGGCGUCUUUCGACUGACUGAUCCUCCUGGGAUGCAGGCAGUCAAGAAUUGUCGGCAAACUGGGUUAUUUCAUCCGCAUGAUGAGACGAAUAUCUACACGGAUGCGUUGCAUGAGGUUGGGUCAAGCGUGGGCCAUAUGAAAGAAAUGUCCUCCAUGGCCUUCUCAGUGGUGGACCAGCGCUAGUCGUUGCAGUACCUGUUCCUGUUCCUGUUCCUUAUUUAGAGCUCGAUCUGAUGGUGCAUGUGCCAAAUUCCAAUCGCCCCCCACAAAAUUCAUGAUGCAGACGCGCACAGAACAAAACACUUAAUCAACCGCCUCGCCGGC